CAAUGGCUUCAACAAUCUUAUUUCUUCCCCUAAUCUUCCUUGCAACAGUUUCUUGUUCAUUGUGUCAUGGAGAUGAAAAGAAUAUUGUAUUUUACAUGCACGACAAAGUGAGUAAACCCAAGGCAACAGCCAUAGUAGUUGCAGGAACAAAUGGAACGUCCUCAAAUCUCUUAAGCUUUGGAACAGUGCUGGUUAUAGACGAUCUUCUGACUGAAAAGCCUGAUCGAUCUUCCAAAGUUGUGGGAAGAGCGAAAGGAUUGUAUGCCAAUUCAGAUGUGAAGGGCGCUUUCAUUUAUUUUGGGUUCUCUGUUGUGUUUAAGAACAAGAAGUAUAAUGGGAGCACACUUGAAUUCCAGGGCACAGAUCCCUUCAGGAAGACCUCUGGAAGGGAGGUUUCUGUGGUGGGAGGAACAGGAAAAUUGAGAUAUGCUCGUGGGUAUUCCAUCAUUACUCUUCAAUCGGCCGAUGGUUUGGAUGGUAACAUCAAAUUCAACAUACCUUCCGAUUAGGUUAACUUACAUCCUUAAUGUCCAUCUAUUUUGGAUGGUAACAUCAAAUUCAACACUACCUUCCGAUUAGGUUAACUUACAUCCUUAAUAUCCAUCUAUUUUCAGACGAAUACAUAAAGCCAAAUCUUCUAUAUCAUGUUUGGCUGCUUGGUUAAUACUCGAAGAAUGGGUAUCUCUGCCUGCUUUGUUGCUUAUAAGAGUGGUUUAUAAUAUUUUAAAAUAGAGAAAGUUUAGGAUCCAAUAAGAUAUUAUGAAUUUGCUUUUUUAAAUAUGGGGUCUAGAUUUGCUAGUACAGCAGUUCAGCAAGGGCAUGGCAGUUCAGCAAGGGCAUGAAGUCUGUGAGCACAUCAGUUCAACAAUGUUCUUCAUAGAGUAGUUUUUGCCAUCCAAUAUGGAGCAUGAGCCUAUAGGCUGAAACCUCUUUGUCUAAGAGCCCAAGAUUGAAGUGUAUCCAUUGGGCCAAAUUCACCUCGACAUAAUCCCUGGUUUUUUUAUUAUUUAUUUAUAGUAAUUUAAUGAAACAAAUUUUAUUUA